ACGUUCCAGUUUGGUCAUCACCACCAAGAUAUACUGGGGUGGAAAAGCAGAAACAGAGAGAGGCUUGUCCAGAAAGCACAUAAUAGAGGGUCUAAGGGCAUCACUGGAGAGACUUCAGUUAGAGUAUGUGGAUGUAGUGUUUGCUAACAGACCUGACCCCAACACGCCAAUGGAAGGAGAUCCAUUUAACACUUCAAAAUCAAGAACAUUCAUCAUAGAAGGUACAUGGUACCCUCAGUGAGAGUUUUGACCUCCUGUCUACAAAAGCAUUUUAUGGCUUUGAUUUGUGAUAGUUUGCCCUCUUUUCCUGGUGUGAGAAACCUGACUUUGUCCAUAAAAUGCUGAAGAUUUCCAGAAGUUCCUAUUAAACCUUGUAUGCCGUAGAAUGAUUGAUUUCUUUUACUAUCCUGUCCAUCUUGCAAGUGAAAUUUGGAGAAGGUCAUUGCAUCUUACUGACCCGUGAUUAUAGUGUCAUUUUUUAUCAGUUUUUUUGUUGUUAAAUAUUUACCAUUCAUUCCAUUUUAAUAUCUUCUCCAUUAUUAAUUUUUCCUAGAAAUGCACUUGUUAUGUAGGUGUCGAGCGGAUCGAUUUUGGGGCUUCGCUUGUUUUUUUUUGUUUUUUUUUCUGUCAGUUCAGACAUAAAUACAGUUGCAUAUAUUACUCAUAUUAUAAUGAAAUGUAAAUAAUUAAAUAUAUUAAAACACUUUAACCUGCUUCUGCUCAUACUAUACUUUAGCCUAAUAUUUUAGAUUUUCUUAAAACCAAUAAAAAAGAUGCAAGAUGAUUGACUGCAGUGUCCUCCGCUUCCCUGCAUGCGAAUAUUUUAUUACUGCAAGUGGCUACUCUCUUUUUUGCAUGCGUCUGUCAUUUUUGAUAUUUUCUCUGUCUACUAAUUGUUCACACUGAUAUUAUUCACAAAUCUUGAAAAAAAGACAUAAACUGCUACUGGUAAAUUGCAAAAAUUCUACCAUGUGAACACAUAGAUUGUCUUCAUAUGUUAGUACAGAUUGGAAAUUUUAUUUACUAGAGGUUUGUGAAUGCUGUCCUCUCCUGCCUGCAGUGUUUUACUUACAAAAUAAGAGUAAUAAAUAAUUGGAUGAUUUGUCAUAUGACCUUUUUGAUUAUGUUUGUCUAUUUAAGUAUAUAUUUAAUUUUUUUGCCGUUUAAUAUGUGGGGAUGCCGUUUAAUAUGUGUAACAGUAAACUAUGUGAAUAGGAACACAGUAAAUAUAUUGGCAUCUAAUGUGGGUUUAUAAAAAAGAGACUGUAGAGACUACAUAGACCCACAAAAUGCAUUUUUAAACAAGCAGCUUUUUGGAAUCCUUUAAAAUGUUGCUAAUCGAAACUUUUUCGAGAAUCUAAGUCUGAAGGAUGGAGACCUGCUUCUUCUUAAAUUAAUGUUUGUGUGAAACUACUCCAAUGUUCGCUAUAGCACUUUACAGAUAUUUUCUAUUAUAAACAGUUUUUUUAAUCCAUUUUAUCUGGUUUCUUUCUCAUUAUAGGGUAUGUUCAUGCAGCAGUGUAAUAAUCUCAUGACAUGAAGUAGAUUGUAGGCUGGACCAUGGAAAAUUGCUCCUCUGCUAAAUGUCAAUGAAAUGCAGCCUUGUGGAGAUGUCAUGCAGUCCGGAGUCACACUCUGAUUUAUUUUCCACCCACUGAGAAACUCUUUGAGUAGAGUUACUAUAACAUGCAUAACCUUCAGGCCAUUUUUAAUGCCCUGUCACUUUGUAUAAAGAAAAUAUGAAUAAUGGCCUGUGUUGCUUCUCAGAAUGUACUUCUGCUCCACUUCCAUUACUUUACUGUUAUAUAUGUCCUUGUUUUUUACUAGCUAGGUGUAUUGCGGUCGUCU